UUCAGGGGAUGUAACUGCAUGUUUUGGCUACGAGUUACGUGCUACUUACCUCGAUUCUCUACUGACUUAACACCAAUGCACUCUGGUUUUAGUUAUUAUUACCGGCGAAUUUCAUCGAGAUUUUGUGUAAAUAUAUUUUCGUUGUUCUAGCCAUAUCACGUUUGACAUCGCCGAUUCCCAGUCCCGGAUAUCGCCAUCGUUAUUUUUAUUUGGUUACAGCGUAAAUGUAUUUAAAACAUUUCAAAGAGACUGGCUUGCAUGCUGGUGACAGUGGAAUGCCAGAGAGCUUCCCUGACGGUUUCGACAGAGCAAAGUUUGACCGGGGGCGACUAUUUUAUCAGAACAAUAUAUUUUCCUGUACAUUAGCCAUGCUUACUUCCUUGAUAUGUGGUCUGAGUGUUGAGAACCUCCUUACGCCACUUGUUUUCACCGGAAGAUCAGACGAAGCCAAGAAGGCGCUAAAGCGAUAUUUACAGACAUUUCAUCAUGUGGCUCUCUGGCAUUUUGGGGACAUAUGGAAUCCACAAUCCAAAGCCAGAGAAUCCAUUUUGCAAGUACGAAAAAUGCACAAUGACACUCGCACCAACAUGAUGAAUAGUGGACGUUAUGAAGGGAUGCAGUUAUCACAGUAUGACAUGUCUCUGGUACAGUGUGGUUUUAUUGGUAUCAUCAUCAUGUAUCCUAAAGACUUUGGGAUCAGCUACUCCAGCGAAGACAUUGAUAGCUAUAUAUACUUUUGGUACUGUGUCGGCUAUCUUCUUGGUAUUAGAGACGAUAACAAUAUCUGCAAAGGAAAAGCGAGUCAAGUAUUAGAAAUCUGCAAAGAAAUUGAAGUAGAUAUCCUAAUUCCUGCAUUAAACAACCCUCCACAACACUUUAGGCCAAUGGCACAAGCUCUGAUUGAUGGCAUAACCUAUUUAAUAAAUGGUAGGCCUUUAUUCAGUCUUCAAGCAUUUCUAGCUAUCAGCUAUGAUGCUUGUGGUGUCCCUCAUCCUCGGCUCAGUGUGAAAGACUAUCUGAGAGUGCUGUUUUUAAGGUCCCUUUUCACAUUAGCGAUGUAUGUGCCUUUUGGAAGAUAUUUCUUAAACUGGAUGAUGAAGAGAGGCUUGAACACCAAAGCUAUGACAUAAUCAUCUGUACUCAAACUGUACUUUGUUGAAGGAUGUUUCCACCUUUUGAUUUUCUUUUUUUGCUGCCACUGUUUUGUGAUGGAAAAUGAAAGCUAUUUGAGGAUUGUUUCUAAUGUAUUAGUGCACACUUGCAAACAUUUCCCAGACUGGUGUUGUUUAUAUAAAUGGAUAGGGAUGAAAGGUUUUUAGAUAAUAUACAUGAUAGCACUAAAGACGUAUGAAGUGAAGAACACUUACAGAUCUGUGAGCUCACACCUGAGUACCAUUAGAAAAUGAUGAAUGUUAAAGUUGUACGUGUCCAUUUACUUCUGAGGAGAAAAAUCAAGAGUCUGAUCAGGGCUAGUCCCUAAAUCCACUACUCUCUCUCUUUCUAGAUUUUAUUUUCUUAGAAAUAUAUAGUUAAGCUACUUUAUACAUUUUUUUGCCCCCAACUAGUAGAGAGUGCAAUGUUCUGGUGGCCAGGAAGAAAAUAUAACUCUACCAUUGGUGUUACUCCUGAGAGGAAUGACUUGACAUGCUAUUUUUCAGCUGGACAAUCUUAGAAAAGUGAAAGUGAUUACAGAGAUGGAUAAGAAAGCUUGCAAAGAGCGAAACAAAAAUGCUGGUCAAAAGUCAAAUGUUGAAUGUAUUUGGUGACUGUAACUUUAUUCAAAAUCACUGUGUUUACUUGAAGCAUUCUGCUUCUUGUUCUUUACAACUAAAGUAACAGACACUUGACCAGGAGUGUGCAAACUAUGGCCCACAGGCCAGAUGCGGCCAGUGGACGUCUUUGGCCUGGCCCAUUAGCAAAAAUAUGAAGUGCACUUGUUUUCAUUUUUUUAUUCAUCCUAGGUUAAUUUGAUGGAAAUUUAAUUUAUCAAGUACAACAACAUUAGAAAUCGGCAGUCCGUGACAUUUUAGCACAAAGUACAAAGAUAACAACACAGCUGACAUGUUUGAUGUAGUCAUUAGAGAAUAUUGGGAGCAGCUGCCUUCAAAGCAAAAGCUGGUUUUAAAGUUUUAUUGUGAGCUUCACUUAACAAUAGAUUCAUUAAGUCAACAUCAUUAUGUACUCGUUUGUUGUCCAUUCUGUUAUCACUAGGUUUGUUGUGUUGUCACCUGGACUGGCUUUUUCGUAUUUUACCAGCCCACCGCAUAGCUUAGAAUUUUGAGACAGGCAAAAAAAAGAAAACUAAGCCCACCCCUGGAUUAGAUACUAAAUAACUCAUUCAAUAUGGAUGACGAUGCAAUUGAGCUAUACAUGUAAUUAUGAAGACGUUCACAUCUGCAAAUGCAAACUGUGUAGCAAGAGUAAAAAAAAUAUUUCUUGAUUUUUAAAUGCUUGAUUUCUCUUUCUCCUUGACAGAAAUGGCAAGAACUAAUUUCAGUUUUAUUCUGACCAGGAUGUCUUUCCAGUUUGUUAUUUAUGCAUUAAAAUAGAUAUAAUUUACAAAUUAAUAAGUUUUGUUGUCAGAAACCUUCAGAUGUACUGUACAAACAUUAAAAUGUUUAAGAACAUUGAAAAACUUUGAAUGUGACUUUUUUUCUUUUUACGGGCAUUAUGAUUGUAUAUAUAAGUGUAAUAAUAUAAUACUAAUAACAAAUUCAUAUUUUGGAAGGCCAUCUGGCCCAUAUCAACAUCAAAUACUGCUGGUUACAUGUAUAUUAAUAAUUGAUCGCUGUACGUAAGCAUCGCUUCUUUUGUAUCAAGGGUCUACAGUGUAACAAAACAAGAUAUUGACACUCAACGCUGCAUAAUCUUAUUUAGAGUACAUAGUUGUAGAGUUCUUAUUCUAAAGCAUUUUGUUAUAUAUAGGUCAACUUUAAUGGCUACAUAAACCUUCAGGUUCCUAUACAGAUGAAUCUUAAAAGGGUAGGAAGCUUUGGUAGAAAAGUGAAAUACAUCUGUUACAUACAGCUAAAUAUUUAGGACAUAUUGACAGAAAGAGGUACAGGUCUUCCACACUUCAAUAAUCACAAUACUCACAUUCUGUGUUGGUUAAAAUGAGUGAUUCCAUUAAGGGCUUAACAGUUACAUCUUCAAGGACACAAGCACAUCAGUGUUAUGUCAUAACACCUGGUUUAUAUCUAGUGCUCUAAUUAAAUAAGGAUGAUAAUCCUAAUAUUUAGGAAGAGAUAAAACUGAAUCAUACCAUUUUUGAUGGAAACAAUCCAUAAAUCUUUUUCAUUCUACCUAUAAACAGGAAAAUUGCCAAUCAUCUGGAUUUUCCAAAUAUAUCCAAAAAUAUGACUACAUAGUACAAUUCUAACCUGAGAGGCCUAGUUAAAUCUGUCAGCCUUAUCUUACAAAUACAGCAUCUUAAAACACUGCUUUGCGAAUCUGCGGUCAGGUAAUGUUAAUAAUAUGCACUAGUAUUUAAUAAUCCUUAUAAACAAGGAAUCUAACACAUUCACCUAAUGUCAUUUAACAUCCUUUCCAAUACUUUGAAUUAACUCUGUCACAGAAGAGUAUUUUUAUAGAUUUGUAUUAGUAAUUUCUUUUUAUAAAUUGUCAAUAGCCGUAGUAUUUGGCCCUAGUAAACAGCUAGGAGCCACUAACCUUACAUGGAGAAAAUUGCUAACCUAAGAGCUUGCAAAACAGAAAAAAGAGGCUGUGUUCUAACGUCUGUCCCCUAGAGGAGGUAUCUAAGAUUCCGAUAUUCGUGGAGGAUAUAUGUAUAUUAGAUAUAUAAUAAGAGAAUUUUUUAAUGGUACCAUUUUUCACAAUCUUUGAUAAAGCCAUCAUUUUUAAAUACUACUAUGUUUGUUUUAUCCAUGAUAACUCUAGACUUGCUUUUUACGCCAAUGCAUUCAAGUACAGCACCUGAUUUAAAUAUGAUGGUGACAAAGGUUGCAUAGUAUCUGCAUUUGAACCGCACAUUUAGUAUUCCAAGGUGCAUAAUCACAGCACACACUGAGCCUUUAGACAUAAACAGCUGAUGAAAGUCCACAGUACAUGGCCACAUGCCACUUAAAAGUGAAGUUCGUGCCUUUUGAAUGAUACUUCGUUAACUGGAUAAUAAACAGAGACUUGAACACCAAAGCUCUGACAAUCGUCUGUACUCAAAAUACUUAAUGUUUUGUUAGAGGAUGUUGCUACCUUUUGAUUGUUGGCAUGCUGUUUGUAACUCAUGACAUUCACAAUGUUUAUACACAGUAGUUUUAAACUUGAGUAAUUAGCUAAAAUAUCUAGGAAAAUUACAAGGUUCAAAAGAAAACACUCUGGCUUGAUUAGCUGAGAACCAUAUACAAGUGUGUGUGAUCUAAAAUAUAAACAGUAUUUAGUGAAAAAUCUAUAUUUGUUCAAUUGAAGUGUAUUUAAAAUAAAUCUUUCAUAACUACACAGAACUCUUUGAAAUACUUUUUUAUUGCAUCACCCAGCAUAGGCAUAGCCUUGGUCUCAUAUCCACAUUCAAAAGUCGCAGAAUAUCAAACCACUAUAAUAAAAUAUGAAAUUUACAGAAAUUUCAUUGCCAAACUCAAAACAAAAGAAUCUUUGAAGAAAAUGCGCUCUUUCAUUUUUCCUAUGACGUGUAUUUUCCAGUAAGCUUUUAUAUAGCCUGUAGCCAUACUCCAAAACUGUUACAAAGGAUGGUAAUAGAUAUUAUUAUACAUUAAUCAUGAGAAAGAAAACCUUACAUUAUCUUUGUCAAGCUGAGCUGUGCAGUUCCUGAGAAUCAAACAGCCAGCUGGCAUGCAAAUGCAUAAAUUUACACUUCUACACAUGGACAGUUUCUGAUCAUUGUCUGGUGAAGGUAUAAGAUUUGUGAUUCACCCAUUAUUCUUGUUUAAAGUAUAUGUAGUUAUUUGAAUUUUGUAUAUUUGUAUUUAUAAAGAAACUUGGGAAAAAAUAUCCCUUUUUAUGAAUACAUUCAUUAAAUAAAUUAUCUUAUAAAAGGAUAGUGAAGAAUCCAUUUUGCACACUUUUUAUUUCAUAAACUCAAAUAUAAUUAGGAAUGUUAACACCUAGAACUUCCUAACUUUUACGUAAUUUGCAGAAUUUAAAUAGUACAGUGCUUUGGUAACACAUGUAGUAAGAGCAUAUAAAGCUUCACUGGUAUUACCUUGAUUUAUUCUAGCUUUUGCUUCUUAUCAAUGCUUUAGUU